ACGGACCAAGGAGGGACACCUGCUUCUUAUACAGAGACAGAGUGAGAGAGGAAGAGAGGAGAUAAAGCUUGUUGGUCUAGGUUACUCUCUCUCAAUAAUUUAUCGGAACCGAAGAAGCCUCGUCUUCCAUCCCAUUUUGAAUCAAUUAUUGUUGCUUUUUACUGCGAAUCCUUUGAGAGGUAGAGAGAAAAAUGGUGUCGGCAAACAGAGAAAUGGUGGUAUAUUGCUUCGACACCCUCGUCGCUCACUACAACAACCACCAACCCCCUCCUCCAGCUUUCGACGAUGGUCAACACCCAUUGUUUGUCACUUGGAAGAAAGUGGUGAAUGGUGGGGAGGCUCGUCUGCGUGGAUGCAUUGGAACUCUGGAAGCUCAUUGUUUGAUCAAUGGCUUUCGGGACUACGCGCUAACAAGUGCCCUGAGGGACCGCCGAUUCCCCCCAAUACAGGCUAAAGAGUUGCCUUAUUUGGAAUGUACUGUCUCCAUUCUGAUUGAUUAUGAGGCGGCUCUCCACUACCUUGAUUGGGAGAUUGAAAAGCAUGGUAUAAUUAUUGAGUUUACUGAUCCCGACUAUAAUACAAGGCGAAGUGCCACAUAUCUGCCUGAGGUGGCUGCCCAUGAAGGCUGGACAAAGAUAGAAACGAUUGACUCACUGAUGCGAAAAGCGGGUUACAAUGGCACCAUAACUGAAUCACUCCGAAAGCAAAUUCGACUGACCCGUUAUCAGAGUACGCUAUGUACUAUGCAUUAUAGUGACUAUGUCACCUAUGUCAAAACCGCCAGAGGUGUUGCUCCCUCUAUUGUGGGGGCCAAGCCUGGCAACCAUUGAUUGCUGUAAGCUUCUUCCAUUGAAACUGAGAAAAAAAACUUGGUUAUGGAGGACCUCCUGUCAAAACAAAAAUAUAAAAAAUAAAAAAAAAAAUUGAUGGGGUCGGAAUCUAUUUGUUUGUGUUCCAACCCCACGGCAGGAAUUGUUAUAAACUGUUCUAAAUUAUUCUUCAAAUUCAAGUUCAUUUGAUUUUGAGGAGGUCACCAAAUCACUUGUAAUAUAAGGUCAUACAGUGUGUUUAUUUAUCACUUGCAAGCUUUAAUGUUUCAUAUUUUUAGGUUUGUAAGAGAAUGUUUGGUUAAUUAUUUUGCCUGAUUUAUUCCAA